AUGUCCGACCUACUGCUGUCUCGUGGAAAUCGAGCGAACUUCAGAAAGCAGCUGGAACCCUCAGGGAUCCCGGAUCCAAACGGGUGUAUGUUUGCUGCAAAGAAAUCGGAACCUGUGUCACACAGGGCCCAGAAAACAUCUAGUAACCGCCAUCGCAAGCUGCAACCAUUUCGGUCGAGUGAUCCAGGAACAACCAUGGGGAGUGUGAACGUCAAUCGCAACGUUUCGGAUGCCUUCUACCGCUACAAGAUGCCUCGCAUCUUGGCCAAGGUGGAGGGGAAAGGCAAUGGGAUCAAGACUGUCAUCCCCAAUAUGGUGGAUGUGGCCAAGGCCCUGGGGCGACCCCCUACUUAUCCGACCAAGUAUUUUGGCUGUGAAUUGGGUGCACAGACCCAGUUUGAUUUCAAGAAUGACCGUUACAUUGUAAAUGGAUCUCACGAUGCAGCAAAGCUUCAGUCUCUGCUGGAUGGAUUCAUCAAGAAAUACGUUCUCUGUCCCGGAUGCGACAAUCCCGAGACAGCCUUGCAUGUUUCACAGAAGAAGGGAAUCAUCACUCAGUCUUGCAAAGCUUGCAAGAGCAAGAAGCGUAAGGGUACCAAGACCAAUGGAGAUGGGAAUGGGUCUGGUCAUGAUGGUGUGAAUGCAGAUGGCACACCCGGGAGUCCCCGAGAUGAUUCCGAUGACCCUCCUGCAGCUGAAGAUGAAUUUGAUGGUCACCAUGAUGACUGGGCUGUUGAUGUGAGUGAGGAAGCCAUUCGAAGACGGAUGGAGGACCUCACAGAAGGUGCCAAAUCCUUGGCUAUCAAUAACGAUCUUGAAAAGACAGAGAAAGAGAGAGUGGAUAUGCUGUAUAGCUUCAUAAAGCACAAGAUAGACUUCAAUCAGAUUCAUGGUUCUGACAAGGAUAUUUUGGCUGAAGCGGAACGACUUGAUGUCAAGGAAAAAGUUCCUCUUCUUCUGUCAGAACUUCUGUUUGAUGCAAACAUCCUUCAACAGAUUAAAUCUCAUCGUCUGCUUCUGCUGAGGUUCACUCAUGAGAACACUAGAGCUCAGAAGUAUCUUAUGGGAGGUAUUGAACUGGUGAUCCAGCUGCACAAGGCUGCUCUGCUGCCCAAGGUUCCCCACAUCCUUAAGGUUCUCUAUGAUUCUGACAUAUUGGAGGAGGAAGUGAUCUUGGACUGGGGUAAGAAACCUAGCAAGAAAUAUGUCACCAAGGAACUGAGCGCAGAAAUCCGUGCAAAGGCAGAGCCGUUCCUCAAAUGGCUUAAAGAAGCAGAAGAGGAGGAGAGCUCGGAAGGAUCUGAUGAGGACGAAGAAGACCUCGAGGUGACUGUCGUCUCGGUUGUGCUCGGUAGUUGUUUUAUGGCAUCGAACGUCGCGAGACUGAACGGGUCCAUCCCUCUCUCCGUGCAGAUCAGCUACGACGACAGGGCUUGCGUGACGAUGCUGAAGCAAGAACCGAAGGUGGAGCCCAAGAAGCCGGCAAACAGGGCGGCCACUGCUGCAGGCCACGAGGAUGAGGAUCUUGACAUCGAUGCGAUCUAA